AACAUUGACUGAAUCUUUCUCUUUGAAUCUCACAUUCAAUUCAAUUGAAUAAACUGUUUGUAAAAACAAUAUCAAAGCAAUUCAUAGCUUUAAACCAAUUGACUGUCAAAUCAUUACAACAAUUGUUUUAUAAGUUUUUUUUGAAAAAGUAUUUUAAGACUUUAAUUAUUAUAUAAUGAGUGCACAAAAGCCUGCCUAUAAAAUUGCUGACAUAAGUUUGGCCGACUUUGGCCGUAAAGAGAUAGUAUUAGCCGAACAUGAAAUGCCCGGAUUGAUGGCCAUCCGCCAGAAGUACGGAGUGUCCAAACCAUUAAAAGGCGCGCGAAUUGCCGGAUGUCUGCAUAUGACUAUUCAAACGGCUGUUCUCAUUGAAACUCUUCGUGAAUUGGGUGCCGAAGUCCAGUGGUCAAGUUGUAACAUCUACUCAACUCAAGAUCAUGCGGCCGCUGCUAUUGCGGUAACUGGUGUUCCCGUUUAUGCCUGGAAGGGAGAGACUGAAGAAGAAUAUAUUUGGUGUAUUGAACAGACAAUUGUCUUUAAAGAUGGACAGCCUUUGAAUAUGAUUCUCGAUGACGGCGGAGAUCUGACCCGUCAUGUUCAUGAAAAAUACCCGCAAUUUUUAGCAGAUAUUAAAGGUAUAUCUGAAGAGACCACUACAGGUGUUCAUCAUCUCUAUCGCAUGUUUCGUUCGGGACAAUUGAAAGUGCCGGCCAUUAAUGUUAAUGAUUCGGUAACAAAGUCCAAGUUUGACAAUCUUUAUGGUUGUCGCGAGUCGUUGACUGAUGGCAUCAAAAGAGCAACCGAUAUAAUGCUUGCGGGAAAGGUAUGCGUUGUCGCAGGUUUUGGUGAUGUUGGCAAAGGAAGUGCCUCCUCUUUGAAAGCUUUUGGUGCGCGAGUGAUAAUCACUGAAGUUGAUCCAAUCAAUGCAUUACAAGCAGCAAUGGAGGGCUACGAAGUAACGACAAUGGAAGAGGCGGCGCCAAAAGCGAGUGUUUUUGUCACAACCACCGGAUGUGAAGAUAUCAUUCGUGGAGAACAUUUCGAGCAAAUGCCCGAAGACACGAUUGUCUGUAAUAUCGGUCAUUUCGAUUGUGAGGUCGAUGUCAAAUGGCUGGACACUAAUGCUGUGGAAAAGAUUAAUAUUAAACCACAGGUCGAUAGGUAUAAGUUGAAGAACGGCCGACACAUUAUUUUGUUAGCUUCGGGACGAUUAGUCAACUUAGGCUGUGCUACGGGUCACCCGAGUUUUGUAAUGAGUUGUUCCUUUACAAAUCAGACAUUGGCUCAAAUUGAAUUGUGGACUAAUCCAGGCAAAUAUGAACUGGGAGUUCAUAUUUUGCCCAAAAAGUUGGAUGAAGAAGUGGCUGCUCUUCAUUUACCUCAUUUGGGAGUAAAGCUAACAAAGUUGACCGAAAAACAGGCCCAAUAUCUUGGUAUCCCAGCUGAGGGUCCGUUCAAACCGGAACACUAUCGAUAUUAGUCUAUCUGUCGAAUCUUUAUUAGUGAUUAUAUAAACGAAUCUUAUUUUUUUUUUUAAUUAUUAUUUGAUGACUAAAACUUUUAAAUAAAUAAAUAGUUUUCCUCAAACAUUAUUAUA